GGGGCCGGAAAAGGCGGGGAGAAGCCUCCGUGGGGCCUCUCUAGGACCCUCCUGUCAUUCUUCCUCCCUCUCUGUGGUUUCCCCACUUGCGGCGUUUUGGGCGAAUUCUUGGCUGUCCGGCAAGGCUGCUCCUCGGCCCCGCUCCGGGCAGGUGCCACCAAGAAACCCUUUGGACAAAGUUCUGCUUGCAGGACCCAAUCUGGGUCACUCACCGGGACCAGAGGUUUCAUCUUCUCAGUUUUUGGAUUCAUGCUGGAGCCCAUCCUCCUGACCAUCUUCCAGCCUUUUGGCCAAAGUUCUGCUUGUUCGAGUUUCCCAUGAUGGAAAGCCCUGGAAGUGAGCAGCCCCUGGAAACUAUGCAGAGGGGGGAACACUUUGUCCAAAGGUCCCCUCAGAGGAAUCAGGAGAAACUCUCCAGAUGCUCCGAGUGCAUGAAAUACUUUACUUACCGCUCCUCCUUUUGAUCCACCGGACGCUGCAUAAGGGGAAUGGAUCCCACCUGUGUUUCCUUUGUGGGAACUCCUUUCCUGGAUUGUGGAGCUUUGGCAAACAUCUCCGGAGCCAUCCCGGACUGAAGCCUUACAAAUGCGGAGAGUGCGGGGAACGUUUUGCUAAAGGCUCGGACCUUGGAGCCCAUCAGCGAAUCCACCAGGGAAAGAGAUCUCAGGAAUCCUGGAAGCGCUGGGGAAGAUUUUCUGAGAGACGGCGUCUUUCUAGGCCUCAGAACAGCCCGACUGAAGAGAAGCCCUGCAAGUGUGUGCAAUGUGGGCUCUGCUUUCCCCAAAACUCACAGCUACUUAAACAUCAGCAAAUACACACCAGAGGGAAACCUUAUCAAUGUCUGGAGUGUGGGAAAUCUUUCCGUUAUAAACAAUUAUUCAGAAAACAUGAGAAAAGUCACACAAGGCAGAGUCCUUAUAAAUGCUUAGAGUGUGGAAAAUGUUUCACUCGGAGCUCAUCUCUUUGCAAACACAAUAAAACACACAUAAAGGAGGAAAGCAAAAUGUGUCUAGAAUGUGGGAAAUCUUUUUCCAGCAAAUCAUGCCUGCUGAAACAUCAGAGAAUUCACACUGGGGAAAGACCCCAUGAGUGUCCAGAAUGUGGGAGAUGUUUUGGUGAAAAGUCAACCCUAAUUCGACAUCAGAAACUUCACACUGGGGAGAGACCUUAUCAAUGCCCAGAAUGUGAGAAAAGAUUUGUGGAUUCUUCUGAACUUCGGAGACACCAAAGGACACACAAGGGAAAAAAACGACAUAAAUGUAAGUCACCCCUAAUUCGACAUCAGGGAAUUCACACUGGGGAAGGACUCUAUCAGUGCCCAGAAUGUGGGAGAUCUUUUGGCUACAAGUCAAACCUAAUUCGACAUCAGAGAAUUCAUACUGGAGAAAGACCCUAUCAAUGCCCAGAAUGUGGAAAAUCUUUUGGUGAAAAGUCUCACCUAAUUCAACAUCAGAAAAUUCACAGUGGGGACAGACCCUAUCAAUGCCCAGAAUGUGGGAGACGUUUUGGUGAAAAGUCAAAGCUAAUUCAACAUCAGAGAAUUCACACUGGGGAUAGACCUCAUCAAUGCCCAGAAUGUGAGAAAAGAUUUGUCAGUUCUUCUAAACUUCGGAGCCACCAAAGGACGCACACGGGAGAAAAACUAUAUAAAUGUAAGGAUUGUGAUAAAUGUUUUUCUUUUAAGGAAGCUCUUUUUCGACAUCAGAGUAUCCAUACAGGGGUGAAGCCCUAUAUGUGCAUCGAGUGUGGAACAUUUUUCCGUACAAUACAAAGCCUCAGAAAUCAUGAGAAUGUUCACAGAGGGGAAAAAAAGUUCAAAUGUUUAGAAUGUGGGAAAGCAUUUGCUCAUUCAUCAUCCCUUAGAAUUCACUGCCAAACUCAUACGGGUGAGAAAUGCCAUAAAUGCUCAGUGUGUGAGAAAUCUUUCUCCCGGAAAGAUUCACUUGUGAUGCAUCAGAGAAGCCACUUAGAGAAACAAUAUAAAUGUCCGGAGUGUGAGAAAACUUUCCGUUGCAAAUAUUAUCUUAGAAAACAUGAGAGGAUUCACAAAGGAGAGAAGCCUUUCAAGCCUGUGCAGAAAAAUGAAAUGUGCCCAGAAUGUGGGAGAUGUUUUGCUAGAAAGGCACACCUAAUUCAACAUCAGAGACUUCACACUGGAGAAAGACCCUAUCAAUGCCCAGAAUGUGGGAGAUGUUUUGUCUAUAAGCAACACCUAAUUCGACAUCAGAAACUUCACACUGGAGACAGACCCUAUCAGUGCCCAGAAUGUGAGAAAACAUUUGUGGAGUCUGCUGAACUUCGGAGACAUCAGAAGGGGCACACAGGAGAGAGGCCCUAUAAAUGUGGGGAAUGUGGGAAAAGCUUUCUCACGGCAACAUUGCUUCGAGUUCAUCAGAGAAUCCACACAGGGGAGAAGCCAUACCUGUGUGUGGAGUGUGGGAAAGGUUUUUCCCAAAAACAACACCUUGGAAAGCAUCAAAAAAUCCAUACUCGAGUGAAGCCAUAGAGAUGCAUAGAGUGUGGUAAUGUUUUGCUCAAAAGAAGACAUCAGAAAAAUAACAUGGAAAAUGCCCUAAUAGGCCCUGAUGGGAGAACAGUUUUUCAUAAAUGUUCAACCCUUAGAAGUCAUUUAAAGAGUUCAUAAAGGGGGUAGGGGAAUAGAAACUCUUAGAUCGUGGGAGAGCCUGUGAAAUUGUCUGGAACCGUAUAAGGACUCCUGCCUUGGGCAGGGAAAGUAGGACUAGAAGACUACAGCUCUGUUAAUCUGUAGUAGCUCCCUUCCAGCCCUAUGAUUCAAAAAUUUAAAAAGAAGAAGGGAAAUGAAUGAAAAGCAGAAGAAAGGAGUGCUGACAAAAAAGGGGGAAAGCUAAAGUUUCUGCUAAAACCUUGCAAGCCACCAAAAGUCUCUUUUUAGUUGAGAAUGAUUAACAAAUCCAGGAAAUAAAUAGAAUCAGAGAAUAUUUAUCCUAGAGCACAACAGAUAGAAUAUGUGAGGUAAGAAGAACUUUGCUGAUGGUUUUCUGGUAAUUUUAAAAGUCUUUUGGAAGAAAUCAAAAUAUUAAUGGAAACGUUAACAGAUUUUAGUGCAUUAACUGGUUUUCAAUUCAAUAGCUAAUAGACAAAGAAGUUGACCAAAACAGGAAAAUGAAAGACAAGAUAGAAUUGAUGAGAAAAGAUGGAUUAGAAGAAAUGAUAUAAAUGAUAUAAAAGUAUUUGGAUAUUGUUACAAAGAAUACAAAUUCAGUGUCAAAAUAAUUGUGAUAAGGGAUGGAAUCAAAUUGAAAAGGAUCUGUUAAGAUGGAAAAAAAUACAAUUGCAGUGGACUUCUAUAAAGAAUUAUAUAAAGAAUAAUUAAAAGUGACUAUAUUACUAGACUGAUGUUUCUGUUUUAAACAAUAUCUAUCCGGACAAUGGGUGCAUCGCAUAAUCAAUGACAGGAAGAUAUAUCUAAGUUUCUAUGGCGGGAGAAAAACCAAGAAUUUAAUUUGAAACUGUUCAAGACCAAGGAGAAAGAGGAUGAUUAGGAUAGCUUUGGAUGAAAGAGUUGGUGUUGCUGAGAAAUAAGAGGAUUUUAACACAGGAAGGGUAUGGCUUUUUUUAAUGGUUCAGCUUCGACAAUAGAAACAUAGGCAGUGCCCAAAAACAACUUUGUGGGUCUUGGCACAAGAAACAUUGAUGGAAAAGAAAGAGUUGACCACAAUAAAUGGAUAAAAUGUAA